CAAACUGAAACUGAAACUGUAGAUCAGCUAUUGAAAUCAUCGCCAGUGAAAAAACUCGCACUUACGUAUAAAGGAUGUGGUUAGUAUAAUUCACAUUAUUCAAACAAGGUUUCAAUGGCUGGUCCACUUUCGAAUGACAGCCAUGUCUACAAGCGCCUAUACGGCUCUGAUGUCUAGUAAACGCAAGCGUGAUGAAGCUAAUGGAUUUAUAAUGAACGGAAAUGGUCAUGCUCCAAUGGAAACUGAUACUAACGAAAACAAAAAGUCAAGAAUUGAAUAUGUUGAAACUGUUCCAUCAAAAGUUGUUCAUAUUCGUAACAUGCCAGACGAUGCUACAGAACAUGAAAUCGCUCUUCUCGGCAUCCCGUUCGGUUUGCUAGAAAACAUGGUGCUUUCUAAAAAAGCUAACCAGGCUCUGUUGGAAAUGCAAUGCCUAGAGAGUGCGAUCAUGAUGGUUUCGUACUAUCGCGAAUACCAAGUUACGCUAAGAGGACGCACUCUGGUCAUGCAGUAUUCUAAACACCAACAUCUCGAAUUACAUUCGGAAAACAGUAGCAUAGGCAAUGCAAUUCAGAACGCGAAUUGCAUCGUUCAGCAGGAUCUCAGCGGCGCUAAUUCUGGGAUGCCUACUACAGUUCUGCGUGUUGUCGUUGAUAACAUAAUGGGACAGCAGAUCAACCAUACUAUUCUACACAAGAUAUUUUACCGAUAUGGAAAAAUACUAAGGAUUGUUACCUAUCUGAAAAACAACCAGUAUCAUGGACUAGUCGAGUUUGGUAAUCAUAUUCAUGCAUUUGUUGCAAUGCUACAUUUAAAUGGCCAAAACAUAUACACUGGAUGCUGUUCCCUGCGUGUGCAAUUUUCGAAAAAUCGUGGUCCAUUGGAAGUUCGUCAAGAGAGUGAUAAAUGCAGAGAUUAUCUCAAUAAUCCACUAACUGAGGAGGAGUUAAUGUCUCUUCGAAGACCCACAGCUGGGAGUGAAAGACAUCAUAGCAACAAUCCUGGUCAUGUUUCUUCAAAUUUCCAAAAUUCCGUCGUACCGAAUAUGGCACACCAAGGUAUCCAUCUCCCGGUUGGGAUGAUUGCACCUCCAAAUACGAGCAAUAUGGGGAUUAACGAACUGACUGCUCAGUUAGCAGCACUAGCUCAGCAGUCAGGUUUGGCUCUUACUCCUGCAGCAGUAGCUGCCACUGCAAGUUUCAUGGCUCUUACAUCACAAAAUAGCGGUCCAGGUGCUCAGUCUAUGUCAGGAACUCCUAAUCUGUCCACUAUACUAGCAGCACUUCAGGGUGGUGCUGUUCAAACUGGGGUGCUCCCCCAUAUGUCUGGCGGUAACACAAGUGUUAUGGGAUCUGUGCAGACACCUGUCUCUUCUCACGUGACGCCUGUUGGAGUUCGUCCCCCUCCUAAUAAUAAUGGAAGCACGGUCCUGAUUGUAUCAAAUCUGAAUGAAGAUAGGGUUUAUCCGGAUGCUCUUUUUACACUUUUUGGUGUAUAUGGAGAUGUCACUCGCGUGAAAAUUAUGUUCAAUAAGAAAGACACAGCCCUGAUUCAAUUUACCGAUCCUCACCAGGCUCUUACAGCUUUACAGUUUCUCAAUGGCCAGCGCCUCUGGGACAAACCGAUGAAAAUUGCAGUGUCUCGACAUAAUAUUGUUCAGCUACCGAAAGAGGAUACUGAAAAUGGUUUGACCAAAGAUUAUACUAACAGUCUGUUGCAUCGUUUUCGAAAGCCAAAUUCAAAAAAUUUUCAAAAUAUUUACCCUCCAAGUCACGUUCUUCAUUUGAGUAACAUCCCUCCUUCGGUAACUGAAAACGAUAUACGUGUGUUAUUUGCAACUAAAGGAUUUGAAGUUACUGGGUUUCGGUUUAUGAAGGAUAACAAAAUGGCACUCGUGCAGUUGGAAACAGUUGAUUUGGCUAUUCAGUCUCUUAUCGAAUUGCACAACAGCCAGUUGACAGAAAAUUCUCACUUACGGAUCAGCUUUAGUAAAUCGGCUGUUUGAAAUAUGUUGUUUUUCCUACCAUAUUGCAUGUAAUGCUGAUAGCUGCCUGUCAGGAAAUAAUCUUGCAUACUAUCCGUGCUCUCCCAGCCUACCUUUAUUCGAAGGUUUGAUUUUAUCUUCUCAAUUUUCAUAUUGGCGUUAUCAUGUUGAUAGUCAUCAAAAAAUGUAUUUAACGGUAUCAUAUUUUUGUUUUUUUGCUUUUUAAGUGGGAAUUAAAAAAAUGCGCUUGAAAUCAUGUAACAGUUGUGUCUCCAAAUAAUACUAAUAAUACUUUUUUCAGACACUGAUAUUGCUUAGAGUAAAAGUUACUGUGAGUGCCACUUCUCCCAUAUUGUUCUUUGAAUCUUUGUUUUAAGUACUUCGCGAUGCGCUUUACUCCGUUUCAUCAUUGUCCAUAUUUGUGUCGAAUAUUAUGACAGCUUGUCUUGACACUAGUAUGUCGAUUUCUAUCAAAUACACUAUGGUUAAAGGUCUAUACUUCAUUAAGGGAAUACUUCAGGCUCCUGUCGAUUCAGUUGUUAGUAGUACUGUUUUCGAUUUGUUGAUGCACGAUUAACGCACCAAUUGUUCUUGCCGAAUAGUAAACUUUUUAGUUGCUUGGGAUUAGAUAGAACAUGGUCAUAGUUUGAGAGAAAUGUGACCAAUACUGCACUACUGUCCUUUACGGUUGACCUUCACUGGACCAACGCAUUCUCUAGGUGUUUCAGCCUAAAAAGUAAGUUACGCAAACAUACUGUGAUCGAAUGCGUUUAGUCACAUUAUUGACUUUCCAAUUGUUGGUGCGUUCAUUAAGUUCAACACCUUUCUGAUUGUAAUUCUUACUUGCGUUGCUGAGAAUAUAUGGACCUCAGUGCGUUUUUAAAAAAAAAAUUGACCGUCUCUUAGUAUUCUUCAUGUAAAAUAAAUUCCAAAAAAAGUCAAUCAUAUGCAACGUAGAACCUGAUAUAUAUAUAUAUAUAUCGGUUCAAGUUGUUAGGGCAAAUCCCAAGGUAGUGGAAGUAAUAAAAGUACUGGUCUUGAUAGAAAACAUUAGGCAUCAAAGGUACGAUUAAAAAAAUAACAGAUUAGUGUAAUAAGAGUUCUGAAGGAUUUCGAAUUAUGGUAAAAGUAGGUAAAUUAAGCAGACCUCAUACAACUAGGAAACAUUGCUUCCAGAUCCUUUAAUUGUUCAAUGCGUCAAACAGUCUACUGCAAAUAACGAAAAAUCUACAAGGUAUUUUGUAACUGCAGGCACGCAUCCCAUAGCAUGUUAUGGGAUACACUAAUCCGAUGUAACGACCUAUGGUUUUUAAUGAAGAAAGACCCAUCCAUCUUUGGACCGGUCAUUAACCAGUUCAUAAUGUUAUAUUUAGUUUAGGAGAUAACGUGACUUAAUUUCAGUUUAUUACGAAGCAGCUUAAGGAGUUAAAUUGGAAUAGACUUACUUUUUCCUUUAAAUCAUUUGGUACAGUUUUGGAUGAUCUGCUCGGCUAAUCCUGGAUAGUUUUGGAGAUCGUAUAUCUUAAACCCCGGUCCUUAUUACCGUUUGAGUACUUGAGAAGUGAUCAAUAACCUGAGUAAUUUUAGAAUCGCAGCCAACGUUAAUUUAUUUUAGUUGCUGACACCUAAAUAAGGUAAUUAUGAUGUACUAUUUGUAGAUAUCCUAUAGCUGGUCCUAGUCAUUCAUGUCUCAAUGUUAUUACGAGAAAUGUCAAUAUUCAAAUUUUAGUGUAAUAAUAAACAGAUAUUAGGCUUUUGCAAAAAGUGAAGAAACCAAUCUUGGAAAAGAAAUGUGAUGAAUUUAUAGGAUCGGUCCGUACAGGUUUUGAUUACGAGGCGAUAUGAAAAUAUGGGCUCAUUCCCCAAUAGCAUUUACUACAUAAUCCUGACUAGUCUUAAGGUUACUGACGGCCGAUCCACCGUUUUUAAAGAUGUGAAAUUAAGGAGCGAAUGUGUAUCGGGUAGGUUUUCCGACAGCACAAAAUCAGAACACCAGAGUGUGAUUAACUGAAGCAAUAGUGAGAUUGCCAAAGACAAGUAUGCUUGAAAAUUGUGUCAGAUUUCUAUAUGUACAUUGAAUAACCCUCCGUUAACUUCCAUGAAAUAGUUAUCGAAAUUCCAGAUUUGUAUUAUGUCUUUGUUAUGAUUUAGGAAGGUUCCACAGCUUUUUUAAUUUAGAAAGUUUGAGCUGACUAACUCGUCUUUAAUAAGAAUACUGUGCAAAGUGGGAUUGUGUGGAUUACUGAUGACAAAGUUCUAAGAUCGGGGUUUAGUUUUCGAGAAAACUGUGUCGCUGGAUGUUACUUCUAUUUAAUAUGAUC